AAAGGCAUGUCACAUAUUCCAACUCGGCAGAAAGGCGCUGUUGUUGAAACCCCCGGCGAGGAGUUUCAAGUCCACGUCCGAGACGAUCUACCCGUUAGCCAACCUGGCCAUGGAGAAAUCCUAGUAAAGAUGGCCUGCAGCGGACUUUGGUAUGUUCUUUUCCGUUUGGAUAUGGCGCACAUCCAAAUUGCCACCGUUACUAUGUGCUGGGCUUACCAUGGCGGGCGCUCUGUCUCACCUCGACAAGGAGCUUUGUCCGGGGAUUGGAUAGCUAUUUCAGGAUCCGGAGGUGGGCUGGGUCACAUUGGUGUCCAGAUCGCUGCUCGUGUCAAGAAACUCCGUGUUAUCGCCAUUGACACUGGAGCAGACAAAGAGAAAAUAAGCCUGGAGUCUUCGGCAGAAGUUUUCCUUGAUUAUCGAAAGGAAGAUGUAACUGCUCGCGUCUUGGAAUUGACGCAGGAGGGCGCGCAUGCAACCAUCGUAGUCCCAGGGUCAAAACAGGCCUUUGAGACCGCCCCUUCUCUGGUGCGCAAUAUGGGCAUUAUCGUCUGUGUUGGCUUGCCGCGCAAUGACAUUCAGCUGCCCAUCUCAGCCACGGUGUGUGCAGCUCGAGGACUAUCGAUUAAAGGAUGCUCGGUUGGAAACGAAGACCAAAUGAACAGGCUUCUUCAGCUAGCUCUCCAGGGUACAAUCACGCCCGCUAUCGAAGUUUAUGAUUUCGCAGAGACGCCGAAGUUGAUUGGGAAACUGACACGAGACGAAGUACGGGGCAGAGCUGUGAACUUUCUCCUUCUUCUCCUUCUUUCCAGAUCGCACGCUUCAAUGGGCACCAAACGCUCCUGGCAAGGCCAGCCCGUGGGAAACGAACAAGGCGACAUGGCUUCAACCCCGGCUGGGCCCAUUAUGGCCAUCUUCGAGUCAUUUCGAAAUGAACUGGACGAGCAUCACGACCGCCGCGAGCGAAUUGUGAAAGUUUCUCGAGAUAUCACCGCUCUCUCCAAGAAGAUCAUUUUUGCUCUCCAGCGCGUGCGCUCCAUCCAUGAACCCCUCCCGCCGAAAAUUGCCUCCGAAAACCAAGGCCGCUUCGACCAGAUCAACGACCUCUUUACAUCUAUCGUCCCCGAAGUUACCCAUAUCAAUGCUUGGAGAUACCAGCGACAAGUGAGCGCCGGUCUGCAAGAAUUCAUCGAGGCGCUCUCUUUUGACCACUACCUCCGCACACAAAAGCUUAUCACCCAUGCGGAGACCAUCGCUCACCUUCCACCUGGAAUCAUGGUGACCGAAGAUGACUACUUAAUGGGUCUCUUCGAUUUGACCGGUGAGAUGAUGCGAUUCGCUGUUGUGGCACUGAGUUCGAGUAAUGCGAAUGCCAAUCCGACACAAUCGACGAAGAGCCAAUCCACCGAAGACGAUGCGUCCAGUACCGCCCAUCUAUCUACCACUCAAGCGGGGAUUGUCCUUGAUCUACGGGCCUUUCGCACGGAGUGUGAGGCCCUAAGCAUCCCUCGACGGGUUCAAAUAAUGCGCGACUUCCAUAAGAAACUAGAGGUCAUGCAAAACAGCGUGGAAAAGGUAGAGAGGGCUGCGUACGGGAUAUUGGUGCGCGGAAGCGAACGACCAACCGGUUGGACACCAGACCUUUCCGGGCCCGUAGAGAUGGAAAUCCACUAA